GAGACCAUGCGCGGUCGCCAUAUUACGGAGCACCCCUCCCCUUCAGUCCCGUCACAGCACAGAGCCACAGCAGCGUUGCAGGAGGCUACAUAUACUGCACAACGCUACCGCUGGGAAGGACCAGUGAUACAGCAAAACCAAGACUAAAACGAGGAUUCAGUGGAAUCGAUUAAACAUUUGUACGCCGCUAUUAAGGGAUUUUAUUUGGGUUUACAUCUCUGUGCACCGGAUGAAAGGUUGCUUGUUUACUUUUCCUUUCCUUUGAACAAAUUCAGCGGCUAAAACGACUCGCUAUAGUCUGUGUUUAGCUAGCCGGGGAUGGAGACAGGCGGCUAGCUAGCGGACGUUACUCCUCUGCCAGGCUAGCAUCUAAUAUAAGACUAACUUACUUAGCAGCUGUCGGGAAAUUAGUAAGAGUGGUAAUUGCAGCAUAUUUUCUCAUUACAAAACCCACAAAAUGUUAGCUUGUGCUUAACAAAGGCGCAAACGGAUAACACUGGCGGUUAUCCGGUGAAUUAAAACUGGCAUCAGCUGACGUUAGCUCGCUAGCUAAUCAGCAAGCGGCCACUAGCCUCUUUUGCCUCGCUACCUGUCAUCGGAGAACACUGACUCGUGUUUGAGAGGCUAUAAAUUACAUAUUGGCACAACUUUGCCACUUAUUGGAGAAUUGGUUUAAUAUUCAAUUUUUGAUCGUGUUGUCUGUUGAUCGUAUUUUAGUCAAAACGGCGCCGUUAACGAACUGCAACCUUAUUGCAUACUGUCAGAGACCAACUUCCGCCCGGAUUCUCUCGAAAUGCAUCAUCCGGACCCUGCUGGAGACUCUGGCAGUGUUAGAAAGAUGGCGCACCCAGCUGUCUUUCACAGAAAGGGCAGCAACACAGGCAGCGGGAGCGGCUCCACGCUGUCAACACCGGCAAGCCCAGUGGUCAAUAACAGCCACGUCCCAGCCGAUGAUUAUCAACCCUCCCUGUUGAUCCAGUGGCAACCUCCUGCUGGUUCAUCCUCCCCAGGUCCUCAUCAUAUUCCACCCCACAGCCUGAAUCUGCAUUCCCAGCCCCAGCCCACACAGUCGACUGGAGCUCAGAUAAAAAAGAAGAGUGGUUUCCAGAUCACAAGUGUGACUCCAGCGCAAAUAUCUGUGAGUAACAACAACAGUAUUGCAGAGGACACAGAAAGCUAUGAUGACCUGGAUGAGUCCCACACAGAGGAUCUCUCUUCUUCUGAAAUCCUGGAUGUGUCCCUCUCCCGAGCUAAUGACAUAGGUGGAGCAGAGAGAAGCUCUUCUGAGGAGACUCUGAAUCAUUUCCAUGAGGCAGAGACCCCUGGAGCUGUCUCCCCCAACCAGCCUUCACACCCCCAUUCCCUGAACCAAGCUCAACAUCAUGGCGGGGCAAUGGUGAACGGGACUGUGCACCAUCAACACCCUCAUCAUCCUAACCAUGCCCAGGUCUACUCUCUGACCUCUGGACCUGGGAGCACUCAAUCUGCCCUCACUUCUGGAGCUUUACCUUGUGUCACCCAGAAAAUGCCUUCUAACAUGGGGGUCCAUCAAGAGAAUGUUUCCCAGGCUGCCCCUCUAAGUAUUGUUGCUCAGCCUGUUGGGGUUGUAACCCCAGGAUCGGUUUCUGGAAUACACAGCUCCGCUACGGGCACUACGGUUAGCAUAGUUAAUCCCCAGACCAGCACUGUUAGUAAUGUGAAUAUGUUGAGCUCUACCAACGUGCCUGUGAGAGGGGGACUCAGCACGAGCGCUAGCAGUGGUGGCUUUUCUCUCAAUGUGAUAAGCGGCAGUGGGGGGAGCGGAGGUGGUGCUGUUGCAGCUGGGGGUAACCCUAUAACCACCACUAAUGUCAGCAUGAUCCAGCAACAACAAAAAAUCAACUCCAACAUCACUAUGACUACUACAGCUACAGCUGCUGCUGUCCGUGCCUCUGGAGGGAUUGGACUCUCCAGUGGGAUCCAGGGAAGAGUUGGAUCUGCUGUGUUGAGUGCCCCUGUCACAGCUGUGGCCACAGCCCCUGUACCAACCCCUCUUGCUCAGCCUGCCCCAGCUGCAGCCCCUGCAGUGGCUACCACCAGUUCUCGCUUCAGGGUGGUGAAACUGGACUCUAGCUCUGAACCCUUUAAGAAAGGCAGAUGGACAUGCACUGAAUUCUAUGACAAGGAGACCCCAGCCUCUGCUUCCAGCUCCUCUGCAUCUGAUACUGGGUCUCUCAGCAUGCGCCAGUUUGUCUCUGAGAGCUUUGCUGGGGCCUCAGAGAGGGAAAGCACAAGUGGUAGUUCUGUGAGUAGCGCUAUGAGUACAUUGAGCCAUUAUACCGAGAGUGUGUGCAGUGGAGAGGGAGGGGGACCCCCAGUACACCAGCAUACCCAGGAUUAUGCCUCCCCUCCUCAGGGCUUUCAAGGAAUCCUCCCCAGUGGCUCAAGCAUGGGAGUGCCCCAACCUCACCUGCACCCCCAGGAUAUUACCCAUUCACAUGUGAAGCGUAAUGUGGCCCCCUCGGCCCCUACUAACAUUCAUCAGCCUGCUCCCAUGCAAGGCCGCAACACCGCCAGUGGGCUCCCUACGUCGGCUCAGCAGCUCACUUAUGCCCAGGCAGUUGCUAAUCAAUCCUCAGGCUCCACACAUGGCCUUGUGGGUGUUCAGCAGCAGCAGCAGCAGCAGCAGCAGGUAAGCUAUGCUACCCUGCCACAGCAACCACCUGCUACCACCCAAGCAGCCCCAGUGCAGGUGAGGGCACCUGAAUACACCCAUCCACACCAAGGGAUCCCACAGGCUGCUGCUUCUCAGCCUCUGUCAAACCAACCUGGAUCAGCUCCCUCCGGGUCAGCUAAUGGAGCAUGUCAGAUGAUAGGAGGCCCGCAGCAGUCACAGGCACUUGUUCACACACAGCCCCCGCAGCCCUCGUCCCUUCAGGCCACCACCUCCAGUAUGACCCCUCAUGUUGGAGUAGCAGGUCUUGGCCAGCAGUCUCAGAACCACCCUGGCCAUCUGGAUUGCCAGCAGCAGACGCCACAGUCACUCCCAACACAAAUCCAAAACCAGGGCCUGGGCACCCAGCUGCCCUCAACAGUCCACCAGAGUCAAGUGUCUGCAUCAAGUGUGCCUCCCCCCAACCCUCAGAGCGCUCCCCAGGCCCAGCCCCAAGCCCACAACACUGGGAAUAGUGGUAGGAUGCCCCCACAGGGUGUUUCACAGAGCAAACUGUCUAUUGUUAGCUCUUCCCAGGACAACAGCAGUGCCCAGGCCCUGGCUCAUGCUGCCCAGGCCAGUGCCCUCUAUGCUAGUCUGCCCACUUUCACCACCACUCAGCUACAGGACGCCCAGCGGCUGCUCCUCCAGCACCAGUCGGCUUUGUUGGGGCUGCCAAAGCUGUCCGGAGGGGAGGAUGGAUUUGGAUCCAGCACUAGCCAGUGUAAUGAAGCUGAGGGCAUCACCGCCACCGCCAGUGCCUUAACUGCAUCAGCUGGCCUCAAAACUGCAGAUGGAGAGGAGGAUGGUUCGUCAGGAGCCAGCGUUGUGGCCAUAGACAACAAGAUUGAACAAGCAAUGGACCUGGUGAAGAGUCACCUGAUGUAUGCCGUGCGUGAGGAAGUGGAGGUCCUGAAGGAGCAGAUCAAGGAGCUGAUUGACCGUAACUCUCAGUUGGAGCAGGAGAACACCCUGUUGAAGACACUGGCCAGCCCAGAGCAGAUGGCCCAGUUCCAGGCCCAGGUUCAGACCGGCUCCCCGCCUGCACCUUCAACCUCUGCCACACCAGGACCUCCAAGCACCGCUGCACUUGCUCAGCCCCCCUCGCACAGCGCUGGCCCGUCGGCGUAGCCUGGUCUGCACAGAGUGACUGACUUUCUGACCGUUUUUCAGUUCUGCCACAGCAGCAGAGCUAAACCUUGCCUUCUACAGCAGGAGGUUACGCUGUUAAGACAAGAAUUUGCACAUAUUUAUCUCUCAAAAGGAUGCAGCCAGCGGGACGUGUGUUGCUUUACAGCACAGUGGUGGAGGGGGACAAUCUUGAGAUGCUUUGUGUGGGUGGGUGGGUGGGGAGAGAGAGAGAGACAGAGAAUUGAAAGAACAUUUGCCAAAUAAUCCUUGGAAGAAACAAAACAGCUUAUCAGUGGCAACAAUAUACUUAGCUAUAGAUAAAGAAAAAUCA